ACAUACGUCACUUCUUGUGAAGUGCGCGUCCGUCUCCGGAUUGUGACAUUUCCUAUAGCCCUGAACGAAGCACCGCUCAGUUCAUUCGUGCAGUGUCCCGUCCGAGGACAGUCCGAUUGAACUCGGGAGUGGAAUCUGCUCCGCUAAAACUCACAGGAUUUACACUCUGCCAUUUUGAACAAAACCGGCCGACAUCAGAGUUCACACACGUCCAUCAGACAGAAGUCCUGGCCUGAUUUUGUCAACUUGUACCUUUGCCUUUAUGAGAAGGGUUCUGAAGUGGGAGACGAGCACCGCAACAAAGGAGGGGCUGUUGUUUUGAACCUUUCAUCGGUCCUCUGCAGCCAUGUGUUCUACCAAUCAUUCAAACUGGGUCACAUUUGAAGAUGACAACGCACCGCUGUCAUCGCCUCGGAAACCCUUACAGUCAGAGCAUAUCAAAACAUCGAUCCCACGUCCCAAUGGUCUGAAAGUACCACUUCCUCCAAUAACAGACACUUCUUGGAGCUUCAGUCGUUCCCUGGAAUCCCCUCAAAGCCACUUGAGUCUUAGUGGAAGUCCUUGUGAGCCAUGUAACACACACUUUUACACUCCUGUGAACAGCACGUCCCCAUUUCACUCCCACACAUGGGGAAAAAAUGACUUCUUCCAAAGUUUGUCCGGUGCAUCGACCACUUCUGUUUCCCCUCCUGCACCAGAACCUCUUGAUCAAACCUCAGAAGGACCAAGCCCUUUCCCCUCUUUCCAGGGAAAUUCGGGACACUAUAACCCUUUCUGGGAUGGAUCUAGACACAGCGCAGAUACGGGCAGCUCAUCCUCAGACUCAGAAUCUAACAACAGUCUACCACGUUUCUUUAUUCGGACCAAAGAUGGCAGUGAACCUCCACGCAAUGAACUCCAGAGCUCUAUCUCUUAUGUUUGCCAUAAACUGCAAGGCCUACAAGCAGAACCAGACCAUGAAACAGACAGCGAAAAAGACAGGGAGAGGCAGCUAAGUUGCAGAAAUGAGGUGUUAAGAGAGGGUUCAUCUCAGUUUGUCCCUCGGGGUCUGUUUCGUAGUCAGAAGAGAGAUGGUUGGUCUGUCAUGCUAAGGAUUCCUGAGAAAAAGAACCGCAUGUCCUCCCGACAGUGGGGGCCGAUCUAUCUUCGCUUGUUGCCAGGAGGUGUGUUGCAGAUGUACUAUGAGAAAGGGCUGGAGAAGCCAUUCAAGGAGUUCCAGCUUUUCCCUCAGUGUAGGCUCUCGGAUCUUAAACUGGAAAGUUACAGCGAACCCCGCAAAGUCCUCACGAUCAAGGUGGAACAUUUCUCCUACACAGAGAAGAAACGCUAUCACCCUAAGUUGGAGGUUAGUCAUGAAGCAGAGGUAGAACAGCUGCUCAAGUUUGGCUCCACAGUGCAUGACGACAUGGAGGACCUGGUAGUCUCCAUGGAAGAGGAAAUCUUCAAACUGUGUAUGCCCCUCCAACUGAGGCGGCACUAUGAGGAGCAGGAGCUAUCCUUGCAGAUUACUGAUCAUAUCUGGGUACAACUGGAUAAGAGCGGAGGAGUCAUAGAGCGGGCGGCCUUCACCCAGAUUCACUGUCUGGCUUUUCUGAAUGGACUAGGGGAUUGUUUUCUUGCCCUUAAUGAUAUCAGGCUGCUGCACUUUGACUCUAGCUAUGGGUCAGAGGAGGGCACUGAACUCUGGAUGGAGAUUGCUGACUGUCAUUUGCACAAAUGUGUGAAUGAGAUAGAGUUUCAGCGGUCCCGACUGAUUAAGUUCUUGCCUCCUGAUGCCUGCAGGGUGGAGCUGAUGCGGUAUAAGACGAUGAUUCUGGGUUACACAGCUAUUCCCUUCUCAAUCAAAGCUGUGGUCACAGUUCAAGGUGCCUAUGUGGAACUCCAGGCCUUUCUUAACAUGUCAGCCACCUUCCUUUCCUCCAUGGGGGGGUCUGAUACAUACCCACUGUGUGAGAAUGUAGUGAUCCGUGUGCCAGUGCCAGGCGACUGGGUCAGAGUGACACAAACAGUGGCCUUAUUGCGACAGAGGUCACUAAAGGCCAGAAUGAACAGAAAUACCUGCCUGGGCUCUGUCAGCGCUGCAGAUUCCCAGCCUGUCAUGCAGGUGUCAGUCGGCACUGUCAAAUAUGAGAAUGUAUAUUCAGCCAUCGUGUGGAGGAUCGACAAACUCCCUGCCAAAAAUACGGCACUAGAUCAGCCCCAUUCAUUUUCCUGCAAGCUAGAGCUGGGGUCUGAUCAGGAGAUUCCAAAUGACUGGUAUCCUUUUGUGACGAUGGAAUGUGAAAUUAUGGGCGCAGUUGUGUCACAGACCAGGGUGAAGUCACUGGGCACAGCAAAUGACAUCCAGCCGCAGAAACAUUUGACCAGCUGGACACGCUAUCAUUGUCAGGUGGAAGUGGAGAAGAAGUGGAUUGAAACAGAGUCACAGAGGCAGUCUGGCUGUAUGACACAGUGAUGCUUAAAGAAUCUCUGUAGAGAAUCCCUUUGGUGCGAGAUGUUUGCCAGAAUUGUCUUAAUGGUGAAAAGGGAUUAAAAAUAAGAAAAAUGAGGGUGGUGAGGGACUUUCUGCUUAUAUCCGGUGUCAGAUUCAUCUAAUUACAAAUAACCUGGUAGUAUUUCUUAUAGAGGUUAACUGAUUUUGUAUCCUUUCAAUGAUACCGAAUUAAGUCAAGAUCUCAUCAACAAUUUAACAUGGACUUUAUGCCUAGCACUUUACAUUUAAUAGAUUUAUUAGCUGCGAGAUUACAGGUUAUAUGUAUAUAAACUUGCAUUUGCGGCAACUGCACUGCCCUCCAGAAUGAUUAGCAACCUUAAUAAAUGUGUGCCGAGGUUAUAUGAGAUAAACCACCCAAGUAAUGAGCAGUAUUCAUUGUGUUUGAGAGUAGCUAAUUAUCAUCACAUGUCUAUGGUCAGGCCCUUUUGUUGCCCAGCAGCAUUUAAAGUUCACAUGCUUCCAAGUUGAUCCAUUUAAAUAUCAAUCCUCCACAUGUACUAAAUCUUAUGUGGCAGUGACCCAGUGAUUAAUUAUUAUUCUCUAAGACUCAAAAUGUUGCCUUCUGUAUGUAGGUAACCCCAUGUACCAGCAAAAGGCAGACAACUCCUUGUCGAAAAGGACUAAAGUAAUGCAAUUAUAUUUGUAUACAACUGGCUCAGAGGUGUGUCACAUCAUGCUGACUCUCACUGAGCAGCACUUGUCUGAAGUGACUUAAUCACAGUUAUCAGGAAGGUUUGGUUGAAUGUCAGCAGUCGUUCUCAGCAAUGAAACACUGAUAAAGUGAGUUGGUACAGGUCAUUUUUGCUGAAAUUGAAAGUGCAUUAGCCCAGAAAGCUACAUGAUAAUUCCAUAUUGAAGAGUAGCUGUCUUGCUUUUGCCAAAUACAAAGUGAAACAGCAAUUGCAAUUUGUAAGUAAUCCAACUGGAACAUGGCUGGUUAGCUAUAAACUCACUGCAUGUUCCAUCUUUGAAGCAGAUUUUGAAAUAGUUGUAGUAAAGCAGCAGCUAUACACAAACCGGAAUACUGCUCAUUAAUUUUGUUGUUCACCUCAGGCUAUCCUUUGACUUUGUACCAAGGUUGCAUUCUGGACUGUAAUUUUUAUUUAAACUAAGCAAAUCUUCAUUAUGUGAUCUUUCUGCCUGGGGGUUGUGAAUAGGUUGGCUCAAAUAAACAAUGGUGAAGCUUCAUAUUGAACAGCACAGACCUUCAAUGAGGAAUUUAAUGUAUAAGGUACCUGGCUUAAGCUGGAUAUUAUGGAUAUCAGGAGUAAAAACUAAAUUGAA